AUGGAACUCGCUGUAGUCAGAAGCAAUCACAGGUUAUCUCCGGCGAUUUCUACGCCAGAGAUGGAUCGCAUAAUCUGGCGCAAACUCCCCGUCGAACUCCUCGAACGUAUACUCUCUUUCUUACCUUUCAAAACUUUCUUAUACCUCCGAUCAACCUGUAAACACUUCAGAUCUCUCAUCUUCUCUCCACUCUUCCUCUCGAAACACGCCAAUUCGCUUUCUUCUUCACCUUUCUCUUCGUUCAUGUUACUAUCUCAUCCUCAAUCAAGCCACUACCUCCUGUACGACACCGUUCUCAACACGUGGCGCGACAUCAACCUCCCGUUAACUGACUCCCUCACCUUCACACCUCUCCUUUGCACCGCUACCUGCCUACUCUGUUUCUCCGCCGUGCCGGAUUCCUCCAAUUCCGCCUUCCUCCUCUAUAACCUCAUCGCGACGUCUUCAAUGAUCGUAAAAUUCCCCGAAUACCCUUUCGCCUUUGAAUUCCCAACCCUAAUUACUAACUCCUCCGGUUACCACCUCUUUUGCCUGUCAUCUGGUUCGUCAUCAUCUCACCUUUACGCUUACGUCUACGACUCAAGGGUUCGCCAGUGGACCCGAUACGAUGGGUUUCGGAGAACCCUAGGCGAUAGUUAUCAUCAAAAAGGAGUCUUCCUGAAUGGAUCUCUGUAUUUUGCGACUCGAGAGCCGUUUUCGGUGGCCAGUUUUGAUCUGCAUACCGGAAAAUGGGAGACAUUGGAUGUAGAUUUGCCUGGGGAACUGACGUUUGUCCGAUUAACGGCAGGGAAUGGUAACGGAGAGGGAUCAAAGAAGCUGUUUAUGUUUGGGGGAAUCGGGAGGAAUGGGAUAUCGAAGAGCAUGAAGGUCUGGGAACUGGAUGUAAAGGGAAGGAAAUGGAUGGAAAUUCAAAGUGUUCCGGAGAUGAUGUGCAAGAAAUUGGGGUCAGUUUGCUACCAUCAUUAUGAACACAUCUAUUGCUUUUGGCAUCAAGGUAUGAUCUGUGUAUGUUGUUAUACUUGGCCUGAAGUUUUGUAUUAUAAAGUGUCAAGAAAGACUUGGCAUUGGUUGCCAAAAUCCCCUUCUCUUCCUGAGAAAUGGAGCUGUGGUUUUCAGUGGUUUUCCUUCGUUCCUGAGCUCCAUGCUUUCGUUUAG